CUUUCGUACAAAUUCUUUCAUUUUCUCUGUAAAUCAUCACCCCAUCCAAACAAGAGCUCUUCUAUGCGUUCAACUAACAUCGAAGUCAGAUCACUACUGCUCCUGCUCCUGUGCAAAGCCACUAACACACAAAAGGGCUCUGCCGAUCAUAAUGUUGAAAUAUCCAACUUAUUGACUGAAUAAUUUGAGCUUCCAGGUUGCUUGAAGACUUUAAAAUAGCUAAGAUGGAUGAUGAGAUGAUUACGUUGCAUAAUGUCAUGCCAGUGGAGAUUGCAAUGAAAAGGGAGUUAGAGUACAGAAGGAAGAUGGAGGCAUUAAGAAAGCAACGUCAGAGUUGUACAACGAAACCUCUGGAGCCUUUGGAGGUGAGUAACAGUAAUCAUGUCACUUUCAUAGGGAUUCUUCUAUUGGUCUUCAUUGUUCAUAAAACCAUCCUAAUCUGUUUUCUCUUAACUUAUCAGGUGCAUCUAUAG